AUGGUGGCGAUAAGCGAUGAAAUGAAGUCUUUCGUAUUCCGUCGGAUGCGUUCGGAUACAGGUCGAAAAACAUCGACGGCACUCAUUCUCCUCUUCCACUUAUCUCUUCACACAGUCGACGAAGGGCUCGCCAUAAAUCCAAGUUGUACCUGCAUCCGCUUCACCUCGUCUUACGGCAAGGAGCGGGGUACCUUCAGCAGCCCUGACUACCCUCGACCCUACCCAGCGCGCAUCGACUGUCUACUCUACACCUUCGUCGCUGCCCCUCAUGAAAUCGUCGAGCUGGUGUUCACUGAUUUUGACAUCUAUAAAGGACAUCUUGAUUGCACUCAAGGGGACUAUAUUAAAGUCUACUCCGAAGGCGGGGUCCACGGCCCGGGUCCGCCCGGCGUGAACGAGUAUUCAGUCUGGUCCAGAGUGCUCUGCGGCAGUAGAGUCGAUGCUCCACCAGCGUUGUACUCCCAUGGACCGUUGUUGGUCCUGGAGUUACAUACUGGGAUCAAAGCUACAAAUGCCACUGGCUUUGUUGGGAACUACAGGUUUAUUGAUAGAAGAAAUUUCGAGACAGAUGGAGUACAAGUAGCGGAGACGUGGUGUGAUUACAUGUUCGUGUCGCAAGCGAACAGACCUGCUCACGGACGCCUCUACAGUCCGAGAUAUCCUUCGAGUUACCCUAGUAAUGUACGGUGUACUUAUCACUUUAACGCCAGGUGAGUUUAGAUCUAGUUUCUGUUGUAGAGAGGUUAACUUCUUGGCGUUGUUUUGAGUUUUCUUGGUUUUGUU